CGGAAGUUUGUUGUGUUUGUAAAUCCAACAGCAAGCUUGCAACCUUGAGGUAUAUCAGCAUACGGAAACUUCCUUCGACAGGAGUGGAAACAAAAAAGGAAAGGAGGGAAUUCUCUGUCAGCUGCAAUCGUUUGUAGCGUGUACUGUUGACAAACAUGUUGUCGGAAGGCAGCUCCUUUGUGAAGGGGAUAGCCCUGGGAGGCACAUUCUGCCUGUUGUUGUCCCUGUUGGGGAGCUUUGCACCAGGCAUGCAGUCCAGCCCAGAGGACCACCACCACCACCACAUCAAGGCUCCCACCAAGGACGAGCUACAGAGCCUGUCUGAUUCCCAGAUGGUGGAGCUGAGCCAGAGAGUGCGAGUCUAUUGCGUCAUCAUGGUUCAGCCUUCUGUCCUGGUGUAUUGGUCCACAGCCAAGAACACCUGGGGUAAACACUGCGACCAAGCCGUAUUCUACAGCUCUGAGUCAGCCAAAGCUCUGGAAGCGGUGGACCUUAACGAACAGGACGAGUGGGCCAAGCUGCGCAAGGCCCUGAAGCAUGCGUAUGACAAUGCCGGCGACCUGCGCUGGUUCUUCGUGGCACGGCCCACCACCUUCGCCAUUAUCGAGAACCUCAAGUAUCUCAUUCUGGCCAAGGACCCCAACGAGCCCUUCUACAUUGGCCAUGCCAUGAAAUCGGGUGAACUGGAGUACGUGGAGUACCAGAGCGGCAUUGUGCUGAGCUAUGAGGCACUCAAGAGGCUGGUGAAUGUGUUCAAGGAUGCGGAGAAGUGUCCGGAGCGAGGCAGAGCCCUGUGGAAGCUGAGCGAGGAGAAACAAUUAGCUAUAUGUCUGAAGUACACCGGAGUCUUUGCAGAGAAUGGCGAGGAUACACAGGGUAAGGGCCUGUUCAACAGUAAGAGUGUGGGUUCACUCAUCCAAGACAGCAUGGACAAAAAAAACUUGGAUGUGGUGGAGGGCUGCUGCUCGGACUUAGCCAUCACCUUCAGCGGAAUGUCACCAAACCAGAUGCAGGUCAUGAUGUUUGGAGUUUACAGACUACGCCCGUAUGGGCACAACUUUCAUGAUUCCUUGAUAUUCCUGCCCCCUGAGGGCUCUGACAAUGAUUAAAGUGCAAGGCUUCCCACUUUGGGGCAGAUAUGGCAUUAACCAGACUGCUGCUGUCAAGUGAAUAAAGACAGUUUUCUUAUUCAGUUUGUGAGCAUGAGGGAGCUUGGCAAGUACUCGGGGGAGGCAAAUCAUUAUUCUUAGUCUUCUAUACCUUUUUGAAUUUGCACUCUGCACAUAAUACCAUAGUGGAAAAGUAAUGAACAGAUGAAGAAAUUUGAAGAGCAAAUGUGCCACGCAUUCCACAGGGGGCCAAGUGUCUGCAGGUUUUUGCUCCAACCCUGUACUUGAUUGAUGAAUCAAGGUCACUAAUUAGUAAGGAACUCCCCUUGCAUGGUUUAACACUCCAUGGAAUGAGUUUUUGACAUUCCUGUAAUCUAGUGUAUACAAUUUUCGUUAACACAAUUGACAUUUUUAUUGGUAUUUGUGGCUGAUUUAGUUUAGGCUAUUAAACUCAACAACAAAAAUAAACGUCCUCACUGUCAACUACGUUUAUUUUCAGCAAACUUAACUUGUAAAUAUUUGUAUGAACAUAAGAUUCAACAACAGAGACAUAAACUAAACAAGUUCCAUAGACAUGUGACAAACAGAAAUGGAAUAAUGUGUCCCUGAACAAAGGGGGGUCAAAAGUAAAUCUGUAUCUGGUGGCCACCAGCUGCAUUAGGUACUGCAGUGCAUCUCCUCAUGGACUGUGCCAGAUUUGCCAGUGCUUGCUGUGAGAUGUUAUCCCACUCUUCCACCAAGGCACCUGCAAAUUCAUUCAUUUCUGGGGGGGAAUGGCCAUAGCCCUCACCCUCCGAUCCAACAAGUCCCAGGUGUGCUCAAUGGGAUUGAGUUCCGGGCUCUUCGCUGGCCAUGGCAGAACACUGACAUUCCUGUCUUGCCUGAAAUCAUGCACAGAACGAGCAGUAUGGCUGGUGGCAUUGUCAUUCUGGAGGGUCAUGUCAGGAUGAGCCUGCAGGAAGGAUACCACAUGAGGGAGAGGAUGUCUUCCCUGUAACGCACAGUGUUGAGAUUGCCGGCAAUGAUAACAAGCUCAGUCUGAUGAUGCUGUGCCACACCGCCCCAGACCACGACGGACCCUCCACCUCCAAAUCAAUCCCGUUCCAGAGUACAGGCCUUGGUGUAAAGCUCAUUCUUUCGCCGAUAAACGCGAAUCCGACCAUCGCCCCUGGUGAGACAACCGCGACUCGUCGGUGAAGAGCACUUUUUGCCAGUUCUGUCUGGUCCAGUGAUGGUGGGUUUGUUUGUGCACAUAGGUGACGUUGUUGCCGGUGAUGUCUGGUGAGAACCUGCCUGACAAUAGGCCUUACAGGCCCUCAGUCCAGCCUCUCAGCAUAUUGCAGACAGUCUGAGCACUGAUGGAGGGAUUGUGCGUUCCUGGUGUAACUCGGGCAGUUGUUGUUGCCAUCCUAUACCUGUCCCGCAAGUGUGAUGUUCGGCUCUACCGAUCCUGUGCAGGUAUUGUAACACGUGGUCUGCCACUGCGAGGACCAUCCGCUGUCCUUCCUGUCUCCCUGUAGCGCUGUCUUAGGCAUCUCACAGUACAGACAUGGCAAUUUAUUGCCCUGGCCACAUCUGCAGUCCUCAUGCCUCCUUGCAGCAUGCCUAAGGCACAUUCACGCGGAUGAACAGGGACCCUGGGCAUCUUUCUUUUGGUGUUUUUCAAGAGUCAGUAGAAAGGCCUCUUUCGUGUCCUACGUUUUCAUAACUGUGACCUUAAUUGCCUACCCGUCUGUAAGCUGUUAGUGUCUUAACGACCGUUCCACAAUUGUAAAAGAAAAAAGCAUGAAAGUGUUUAAACCCUUUACAAUGAAUAUCUGAAGUUAUUUGGAAUUUUAUGAAUUAUCUUUGAAAGACAGGGUCUUUUUUUUUUUUUGCUGAGUUUAUAAGGCCACAUUGAGUGAACAUUUUGAAAUAAUCUUGAAGUAUUGAGAUGUCUCUAAACAGUUUGCUACACAUGUUUGGAUGCCACCAUUGUAAUAGAAAUUGUUGGUGGAUUUGUUUGUUUAAUUUUGGGGUAUCUAUUUUACUCACUUGAAACACCUGAUGAAAUAAAUUGGCAGCCAUGUUUAUCCUCUUACCAAAAACUAAAUUAAAUGAAUUGUUCUGCUGAGACUGCUGCAUUUAGUCAUAAUGGGAAAUCAGUUCUUACAGACAAGUGCUAAACCAAAUACUGAGCACUGUAAAGCCAAAUAGGCCUAUCUCAUAGUGAAGCAGUUUCUUACCCCUUGUUAUUGAUAAGCUAAUAGAUAUAUACGCACAGUGCUUUCAGGAAAGUAUUCAGACCCCUUGACCUUUUCCACAUGGUUACGUUAGUCUUUUUCUAAAAUGUUUUUUUUUCCCCCUAAAUCUACACACAAUACCCUAUAAUGACGAUGCAAAAACAGGUUUUUAGACAUUUUUGCAAAUUAUACAAAAUAAAAAGAUUACAUUUACAAUUCAGACCCUUACUCAGUACUUUAAUCUUUGGCAGGGAUUGCAGCCUUGAGUCUUCUUGGGUAUGGCGCUACAAGCUUGGCACACCUGUAUUUGGAGUUUCUCCCAUUCUUCUCUGCAAAUCCACAAGCUCUGACAUGUUGAAUGGGAGUGUUACUGCACAGCUAUUUUCAGGUCUCUCCAGUUGUUCGUCCAGGUUUGGGCUGGGCCACUCAAGGACAUUCUGAACCAGGUUUUCCUCUAUGAUUUCGCUGUUUUUAAAGUCAUCAUUGCCCUCAUUGUGAAAUCCCGGAGCAGUUUCCUUCCUCUCCGGCAACUGAGUUAGGAAGAACGCCUGUAUCUUUGACGGUGUAUUGAUACACCAUCAAAUGUAAUUAAUAACUUCAUGCUCAAAGGGAUGUUCAACAUCUGCUUUAAAAAAAUUAAAACAUUAACAAUAGGUUCCCUUUUCGAUGCAUUGGAAAAGCUCCCUGGUCUUUGUGGUUGAAUCAGUUUAAUUCACUGCUUGACCUUACAAUUAUCUGUGUGUGGGGAACAGAUGAGGUAGUCAUUCAUGUUAAACACAUUAUACACAGUGAGUCCAUGCAACUUAUGACUCUAUAAGCACAUUUUUACUCCUAAACUCAUUUAGGAUUGCCAUAGAAAAGGGGUUGAAUACUUAACUCAGGACAUUUCA